AUGAGUCUUUUAUAAAUUUGGAGACAAAAACUAACAAAUAAAUAACAAAAAGGAGUGAAUAAAUUUGAAAGAAAAAACUAUUUAUUUAUCUUUAAGAAAUUGUUAGCCUUAAAUCAAAUUGUCCCUUAUGCCCUAGAAUAAAAACCAGCAACUUAUAAUAAAUAAAUGCAAGUUUUUUAUUUGAAACAACAUAAAUAAAUUAUGUGA